GCAAAAAAUAAAAAUAGAUGCCAUUAAUAAUAUAUUUUCCUUGAAGACAGAGAUGGGCUUGUGCUCUGAGUAAGGCCGAGUUGAAUUUAGGUUCGCUGAUGUAACAGCAGACCCGUAAAGGUAGAGAAGGGAGGCUUUUGAGUUUUGAGUGUCUCCCCAUCAUCAUACAGUAAUAAACCUGACGAAAAAUACCGAUAGUAAUCAGCGAUAUUCCCGGAUUUAGGGUUCCGAUCGUCUUCUCGAAAUGACCGAUGUGACUCUUCCUCCGGCCGAUUCCGUCACGGAGAAUACCACCUCUUCUUCACCACCUUCCCCACCGCCGCAGCAGGAACAGGAACCUGAACAGAAGGAGGAGCAGCCUCCCCACCACCGCGAGAGAGAUUCCCGCGAGCGGCGUGACGACAGAGACCUCGAACGUCCGCCUAAUCGCCGUGACCGUUCGCCUCCCCCACCGCCCCGCAGGGAUUACAAGAGGCGGCCUAGUGGUAGCCCUCCGCCGCCGUACAGAGAUAGACGGCACUCUCCUCCCAUGCGCCGCUCGCCUCCUCACAAGCGUUACAGGAGGGACGAUAAUGGCUAUGAUGGUCGCCGUGGCAGUCCCCGUGGUGGCUAUGGCCCACCGGAUAGAAGAUUUGGAUAUGACUAUGGUGGAGGAUAUGACCGUGAAAUGGGUGGGAGGCCUGGUUAUGGCGAUGAAAGGCCUCAUGGCCGCUUUAUGGGUCGCUAUCUAGACUGGGAGGGAGGUCGUGGAGGCUAUGGUGAUGCUUCCAACAGUGGAAGUACUCAGAGGGAUGGGUUGAUGUCAUACAAACAGUUUAUCCAGGAGUUGGAAGAUGAUAUAUUGCCAUCAGAAGCUGAAAGCAGAUAUCAAGAAUAUAAGUCAGAGUAUAUCACAACACAAAAACGUGUCUUUUUCAACACCCACAAAGAGGAAGAAUGGUUGAAAGACAAGUACCAUCCUACAAAUUUACUUACUGUCACAGAAAGGAGGAAUGAACUUGCACGGAAGGUAGCAAAGGAUUUCUUACUUGAUUUACAGAGCGGAAAUCUAGAUUUAAGUCCUGCAGUGCCAGCAUUGAAUAAGUCCGGCCAGGCCAGUGAGCCAAAUUCUGAGGAUGAAACAGCUGGUAACGGCAAAAGAAGAAGACCUGGUAGGGGUGGAGCUAAAGAGACUGACCUUCUUUCAGCCGCACCGAAAGCACCCAGUUUCACUUCUGAUCCAAAGAGAAUCCUAACCGACAUUGAUCAAGCACAAGCGCUGGUGCGUAAGCUGGACACUGAGAAAGGAAUUGUGGAAAACGUUUUAUCAGGUUCGGAAACUGACAAGUCAGGUAGAGAUAAGUUACACAGUGGUUCGACUGGUCCAGUUAUAAUCAUAAGAGGCUUGACAUCUGUGAAGGGCCUUGAGGGUAUUGAAUUGCUUGACACGCUUAUUACGUAUCUCUGGCGUGUCCAUGGUGUGGACUAUUACGGAAAGGUUGAAACAAAUGAAGCUAAGGGUCUGCGGCAUGUGAGAGCUGAAGGAAAAGGAUCUGAUGCAAAAGGAGACGAGAGCGAAAAGAAAUUUGACUCUCAUUGGCAAGAGAGGUUGAAAGGUCAAGAUCCCUUGGAAGUGAUGGCUGCCAAAGAGAAGAUAGAUGCGGCUGCUAGUGAAGCUUUAGAUCCACAUGUCCGAAAGAUUAGGGAUGAGAAGUAUGGUUGGAAAUAUGGUUGUGGAGCUAAAGGCUGCACGAAACUGUUUCAUGCUGCUGAAUUUGUGCACAAGCAUCUCAAACUGAAACACACUGAGCUUAUCGUGGAUUUGACUACCAAAGUGCGAGAAGAACUGUAUUUCCAGAAUUAUAUGAAUGAUCCUAAUGCUCCAGGAGGACAACCAGCCACGCAGCAAUCUGGCCCGAGAGAUAGACCUAUGAUGAAACGUAAACAAGGCAUGGAGAACAGGCUGAGAGAUGAUCGAGGUGGACGCAGAGAGCGUGACGGAAGUUUUAAUGGAAAUGACAGAAUUGAUCGGUCAGAGGAUCAACAGAGAGGUGAUGGUAAUGGCCCUGAUGGUGCAAACCCCAACGAUGCAUAUGGUGGACAAGGCGGUGUUCAUAUUCCUUCCUUCUCAUCGGAUGUGAACCCACCGCCAGUGUUGAUGCCUGUUCCCGGUGCCGGGCCAUUGGGACCAUUCGUACCAGCACCAGCUGAGUUUGCGAUGCAGAUGUUCAGAGACCCGAGUGGACCCAACCCUUCUUUUGAAGGUAGCGGCAGAGGCGGACAAGCCCCUUUUCUUUUGUCUCCUGCCUUUAGACAGGAUCCUAGACGGCUACGCAGCUACCAAGACCUUGAUGCUCCAGAGGAAGAGGUGACUGUUAUUGAUUACAGGAGCUUGUAGACAAAGAGGGAAAGCUUAGAGAGAGAUGGAUCAGUUAUUACCCAUUCGGGUCGAGUCAAAGGAAUCAGUGUUAGAAGGUGAAGCAACAGAUUUUGCAAAUUACAUGUGCUUUGAUAUUGUAUUCUUUCACUCGCUAAAGCGUAAGACACUACAUAUAUUUUCCUUGACUUUUCAUGUGCUUAGUUAUUUGUUAGACGAUGCAUAAAUGUGCAUGAGAAUUCUUGUAGUACAUCAUUCGUCUUAUCAACAUUUUGUUACUUGCUUUUUUU